UGCUGUGCGCGGUGAUGUUACGGGGGUGCCUGGCCCGGGCUUGCCAGAGCUCCUGUGUGCACGGUCCAGGGAGCCGAUAGUCGACCCUUCGUCCGCCUCUCCCCCUCCCUUCCACCAGGAGAGGAAACCCCUAGGGCAUCAGGGGACACCUGCUUUCCCGGGACCAUGUCCUCAGCCUCCCGGGACCGGGUGCGCUCGGCCCUCAGUCAGGUGUUCGGGUUCGAGUCGUUCCGGUCGCAGCGACAGGAGAGCGCGGCUAGGGCGGUGCUGAGAGGCGACAAGGAUGUCUUCAUCUGCAUGCCAACAGGAGCAGGGAAAUCUCUCUGUUACCAGUUACCAGCUGCACUUGCUGAGGGUGUCACCAUUGUGAUCUCCCCACUGAUUGCUCUUAUUCAGGACCAGAUCGAGCACAUGCAUGUACUGAAUAUCCGAGCAUGCUCCCUGAAUUCCAAGCUGUCCCUCGAGGAGCGGAAAGUGGUCCUAUCUGACUUGAACUGUGGUAAGCCCAGCAUCAAACUGCUCUACAUCACCCCGGAGAUGGCAGCUUCCAACACCAUGCUUCCCAUCAUUGACUCCCUGCUGGCUCGACAUCUGCUCUCGUACCUGGUCAUCGACGAGGCACAUUGUGUGUCGCAGUGGGGGCAUGACUUUCGACCUGAUUACCUCAAACUGGGGUCUUUACGCAGCAAGGCUUCUGGUAUCCCCUGCGUGGCUCUGACUGCUACGGCCCCUCAGCAAGUGCAGGAUGACAUUGUGGCUGCUCUUCAGCUAAAGCAGCCCAUCACAGUCUUCAAGAGUCCUUGCUUCAGAGCUAAUCUGUUCUACGAUGUUCUCUUCAAAGAGAUCCUGAAUCAACCUUAUGUCAAUCUGAAAGCAUUCUGUGAGAAGGCGUUGGGACAGAAGGACUCUGCAGGGCUGUUUGAUGGCUGUGGCAUAGUUUACUGUCGGACCAGGGACACGUGUCAAGAGGUGGCAGAGGAACUGACACGAAGAGGGGUGGAAGCCAAGGCUUAUCAUGCAGGGCUAAAGAAUUCAGAACGCACUGGGGUGCAGAAGGAGUGGAUGGAGGGCAAGGUACCUGUGAUCGUUGCAACCAUCAGCUUUGGGAUGGGUGUGGACAAGGCGAAUGUCAGAUUUGUUGCCCAUUGGAAUCUGGCAAAGUCGAUGGCCGCUUAUUACCAAGAAUCUGGCCGAGCAGGGAGAGACGGGAAGCUCUCGUUUUGCCGAAUCUACUACUCCAGGAUAGAUUGUGAGAACAUCAGCUUCCUGAUCAAGAAGGAGAUUGCUCAGACCCAGAGCAAAAGAGGAUCCAUAAAAAACUCCGACAAAUCCUCCCUGGUGGGCUUUGAGACUCUGGUUUCCUUCUGUGAGCAACCAGGGUGUCGACAUUUAGCCAUCGCCAAGUAUUUUGGAGAUGAGGUGCCAGCCUGUAAUCGGGCAUGCGAUCACUGCAAGAACCCAGAGAUUGUGAUGAGACAGCUGGAUUCACUUCAGAGAUUUGAUAUGAGCAAGGCCCAGGUAUCUGUCAAAAAGCCAACAGUCCAGGGGCCAUUUGGAUACAUCCAUGAUCUGUAUGAGGGUGGAAGGAAGGGCUAUGGCUUUGAGAGAUAUGAUAAUGAAGAAGAUGACAAUGAAUUAGAUGGAGAAAAUGAAUCCAGAAAGAAGGAAUGGAAUACAUUUUUUCAGAAACAGAUGAAGCUGCGGAAGAAUGGAGAGCCUGUAAAGGAUAAGGAUAACUUUGUACCGCCUGAUCCUGACUGCCCCCUCCGAGAUGCAGCCAAUCGGAAAAUACCAAAGCUGUCUGUGAAGGCACGGGAACAUUGUCUCCACAUGUUGGAGGAGGCACUGACCAAGAGUAAACAGCAGGGAGUCACAAAACCAGAGUGGGCUGACCCUCACUCAUGUGCCGUAGAGAUGGAAUAUGAAGCUUUCAAAAUCACCAAGAUGGCUAACUUAUACAAAGCACUGGUGCUGAGAAAGGUUGGAGAGAUUAAGUCAAUUCAAAAUCGGCCUUUGUACCCACAACUGACAAAAAUGGAUGCUACAGCGACAACAGAUUGUGGCAAAGAUGGAGAAACAUUUAUUUCCGCAUCACAGCUCUACUCUUUCAAGCGAAAGCGUAUAGGAGCAGGAGGCCAGAGUUCAUCUAGCCCAUUCCAGACCGCAGGAGAGAUGCUGACGAACCCGGUGCUAGUGAACAGUGAGCAGAGGAAUGGUGCUAGUUCAGAGAGUCCGGAAUACCACUUGGACAGAGCUGGAAAAAAAGAUACAAGAUCUCCAGAUGUCACAAAACCCUCUGUAGACCACAAUGAGAGGACAAAUCAGUCCACGCCUCUCCACUCUAGUCCAAGCAAGAAGAAACCCACUAAAAGACAACUGCUGGCAGAGAGUGCCAAGAAAGACUCUCAGAAUAUUACCAAAUUCUUUCAGCAGAGCAAAUCUAAAGGGGUAGCAGAAGCCUCAGCCAGGGGCCUAGAUGGGGUCUGCAGCACCCUUGUUAAUGAUGCACAGGAAGAAGAGGACAGCAGGAAAGGAUCCUCUUCCACUUGGACCUUGUCUGGGGAACUGGAAUCUUCUCCGGAUCUUGAUAAAGUGACUAAGACUGUAAAUGUGAACAUAGUGCCUAAGACUGUAAAUGAGAACAUAGUGCAGAGACAUUUACAGACCUGUCGUGAUAUGGAACAAAAGAUAAGUGUUAUGAAAAUUAUACUUACUUUGAAGUUGAGAGCGGAGGGCAGGAACUUUAACUCCCAAUGGAUCUCGGUGCUUUUGCACCUACGCAGACUGGGAGCGGGCUGCACAUGCACAGUUCUGCAGUGCAAGUUCUUCGGGCCUGGGACAGGCUCAUCACACCGCAUAAAGAGAGGGGGAAAAGGCACGAAACCUGGGAGUGGAGCACCAUCAAGGAGAGGUCCCAAAAGAAGAGUCCCAGAGGGAGGAGACAAGGAAACAGGCUCCAAACAGGCAAAAUGCUAUGGGGAGCAAACUUUAAGGGAAGAAGGCAGCUGAAGAUUGGUGACUACGUGCUCCGGGCCACUGGGGCAAAAGUACCCCUUUGGAGCAGUAGUAUUCUGCUUGGCAUGGUCAAAGAUCUAAAGUUGUGCUUGUGAAUUAGUGCUUGAGUGUAUAUUUGGAAAUCCAGGAGAAAGAGAUCUUGAGAGACAAGAUUGAAAUACUACAAGGUGGACUGUUGUUGAUGCCAUCCGAGUUGGGGAGACUGUUGAAGAAAAAUCUUCGAAGGUGAAGACUGGAAUCCCCUGUGAGAGAGACCGAGUUUUAGUGAGAUUGGCUGACACUCAGUAUUACUGAUGCCUGCGUGGGUUGUUGAGAAAUCCAUGGACUCUGUUUUGGUCAAACCUGCCAUUUAUUGUGGAGUCUGGUGUGUUUGACCACAGUUGUGUGUUAAUUCACAUGUACCUCAUACUUACCCUAAAUGUUAGAGUAUAACAUAUAUAUUGUAAAUGGUUUUAUCUUUCUUACCUUGUAUAGUAAAGUUUAUUUUUGUUUGUUCAAAGGCUGCCAAUGCAGUGCCUGCACAGUUGUACUGACGUGAUUAUGCACAACAAGUUCCAUUUGCUGGUGAUGUCUGCAUACCCCAAGCUCUUGAUUUCACUGUUUUUCAAUGAAGGGACCUAUUGUUCUUACAGCCAUCCAUAUUUAAGUUGUCUAAUCUUGGUUCAAAAGUUCACAUGAUUCCCUUAUGGGAUUCUAAUUUUCAUCUGAUUCCGUACAGCAAUGCAGUAGCAAGCUGCCCUCUUAUGCAUCCCAAGAGGCUGAUAAAUAAAAAGCAAGCAAAGAGAGAUGCAGGGUUAUUUCUCUCACAAACUCCAAAA